GCGAGAGAGGAGAGAAAAGUAUCAUCAGGAAAAAUUAAAUGGCGAGAAAAGCCCAAAUUUCUUAAAGUGCAAUGACCGGAUGCAGCGUGAAGGGUCCUGAUCCUGCGUGGCUGCUCAAGAACACCCUGCACUUAAUUAAGGGUUCAAACUCCUCCUUGAAGCUCCUGCUGAGUGAAACUUUUUCCCCUCAAGAAUGUAGGGUUGUUUCUGCCUGAACCCAGCAGAGCGAGAAUAGCAUGGAUUUCACAGAAGACGCGGCUGACGCUUCCGCCAAGCCCCUCGAAUCUCCCACCAUGGAAUUAGAGGAGGCCCCGGCCACUGAGGGGGAGCUGCCAGUCCAGAAAGACUCUCCUGUAGUCCAGCAGCAACCCAGUCCCCGGGCUACUCCCAUGCUGCCGAACAUGGAAUCCAGCCCCUGCAGCUCAGACAGCCAAGCUCAGGCAGAGGACCCCAGGUGGCUCCUGAACCCGCAAGAUCACAGUGUCCCGGGCUAUGCAGAUGUGGAUGUCGAAGUCUCCAGCAGGUACCCCAUGGAGGAGGGUGCCAGCCCAGAGGACCAGCAGUGCCGAGAGAGCCCGCCGAGGGGUCCAGGCCAUGCGGCGGAAGCGAGGAGUGCCCCCCAGGGCCCGGCCGCUGCUGAUCAGGAGGAGCUGCUCAUGGAGUUGGAAGAGGCCGAGGCCGGCGAGGAGUAUCCAGGAGCCGAGAGGCUCCAGCUGCAGGACCUGCUGGCCCAGCUGCAGCGGCUCAGCCCCUCGGACCGGGACAGCUCGCCCACCUCCGAAGACGGCCUCCUCCCCGCCUCCGACAGCGAGGAGAGCCAGGCCUCGGGGGCGGACAGGGCCCCCCUCCUUGCGCCCGUGCGGGGCCGGGGGCAGCUGCUGCAUCUUGCCACGGGGCAUGGCCUGGGGGCGGCCUCCCACCAGCUGCUGCAGCCCGCCCACUGGCGGAAGGGCCGGCGGCUGCUUUCGGCCGAGGCCGACUGCGAGGACCUGCUCAGCCUGCUGCAGUGUGAGGGGGGCCCACCGGCAGACGGGGGCGACCCGAUUCCACUGGCCUGCUCGGACAUGGUUGCUGGCGGCCACUGCCAGGGCGGGCGGGCUGCAGAGAGGGCCUUGGCGCCAGAGAGGCCCAUAGCUCCCUCCUUGCCUGGGUCGGCCCCGGCGGAGCACGAAGCAGACUGCCGGUGGGCUCAGCAGGACGGGGGCGACGGGGAAGAAGCGGCUCCUUCGGGUGCCCGGAGCUCGCCAGAGCCUGGCUGGGCAGCAGCCGCACCGGGGUCAAGCUGCGAGGAGGAGCCGGCUUCUGGAUCCGAUUUGCUUGUGAGCAUCCCACGGGAAAGGCUCCGGGCAGAGAAAGGAGCUGAUUUGUCGUCCUUCCCGGACUACAAGGAAGUUCCAGGCCCCUGUGAGCCUGAGGAUUUGCUGGAUGGGGUGAUCUUUGGGGCCAAGUACCUCGGCUCCACACAGCUGGUCUCGGAGAGGAACCCGCCCACCAGCGUCCGCAUGGCCCAGGCACAAGAGGCCAUGGGCAGAAUUAAGGCUCCCGAAGGCGAAUCCCAGCCCAUGACGGAGGUAGAUCUCUUCGUCUCCACUCGAAGAAUCAAGGUCCUGACAGCGGAUUCCCAGGAGGCGAUGAUGGACCACGCGCUCCAGACCAUCUCCUACAUCGCCGACAUCGGGAACAUCGUGGUACUGAUGGCUCGGCGGAAACUACCUCGUAGGGCAGACACCUCUGCCGAGAAGCAGCUUUAUAAAAUGAUCUGCCACGUUUUUCAUUCCUCUGAUGCCCAGCUGAUCGCUCAAGCAAUCGGCCAGGCCUUCAGCGUGGCGUACCAGCGCUUCCUGUGUGCCAGCGGCAUUGACCCCACGCAGCUCAAUCCCCGGCAGUCCGACACCGACGCCCUGGAGGACGGGGAGGAACUGUACAAUGGGGACCUGGCCCACUUCUCCAAGCAAGAGAACUGCAUGGAAGUCACCAUCGCCAAGCAAAAGGGGGAGAUCUUGGGUGUGGUGAUCGUCGAGUCGGGCUGGGGCUCCAUCCUGCCCACUGUGGUCAUCGCCAACCUUAUGCACAGGGGGGCGGCUGAGCGGUCGGGCAAGCUGAGCAUCGGCGACCGCAUCAUGUCCGUCAACGGGACCAGCCUGGUGGGCCUGCCUCUUGCGUCGUGCCAGAGCAUCAUCCGGGAUUUGAAAAAUCAGACCGAGGUGACACUUAAUGUGGUUCACUGCCCGCCUGUCACCACAGCCAUUGUUCGGCGUCCUGACACUAAAUACCCCCUGGGAUUCUGCGUGGAAAAUGGCAUUAUCUGCAGUCUCAUGCGUGGCGGGAUCGCUGAGCGCGGAGGCAUCCGCGUGGGCCACCGCAUCAUUGAGAUCAACGGGCAGAGCGUGGUGGCCAUGUCCCAUGAAAAGAUCAUCCAGAUUCUCACCCAGGCAGUCAGCGAGGUCCACAUCAAAACCAUGCCAGCUUCCACCUACCGCCUCUUGACCGGCCAGGAGCAGCCCAUCUUCCUCUGACGGGGGAGCGGUUGAGAUGCCCCUCUGCAACAUCUUCAGGAGUUCGGCGCACUUUUCCGGCCGGAACAAGCCUUCGCGCCAGCUUCUCUAAGCCUUGCCGUGGCUGUUCAGCACUUGCCUUGUGUUCUUUCCUGCCUGCACCGCAGAAGGACGUCUGUUUUGCUUCCCUGAGGACGGGGUUUGGCUUCCCCAAAGGGGGCAGAGAAUGUUGUUCUUCUGGACUGAGAGGCAGUUUCCGGUCUCGUUCUGCAGAAUUAUUUUCCUCCCUUGUCCCUUCCAGUGGUAGAGUCCUGCAGGAGGUCAAACUGUACCACUUCAGGGGACGGCAGCAGUGCAGGGAGAAAGCUAUGCUUGCCUGACAUUAAAAGAAAGAAAAGUCUUGGAAGAUGUGUAUGAAUCUUAGGGAUUACCUUAUGGGGUUUGCAAGCUGUUUCUGCAGGUUUUUUUUUUUUUUUUACUUUAAAAGCCAAAGCAAGGCCCCUCUGAACACUGGGACCCCUGAGCGGCUCUUUGAAGUGGUACAGUCAUUUUACAGCUCUGGCCACCUUGUGUGGGCUUAGGCAGACCAUCCCUCUGCCAUGCAUUCCUGUCCUACCUGGCAGUGGGGUUUUGGCACAUCUCCCCUUCUUGCAAAUAAAGAUCAAAAGCCACUUCUGAAGUUUGGGGCUGAUCAGGACAGCCAAGGAUGUGAGAGCUGGCCCUUAGCUGAGAAACGGCUUUCUCUGUGGACAACCUGUGAUCCAGGUGCAAAAGCUAUACCUGCUGAGGAGGAAGAGCCCACAAGGGUUCCUUGGGCAGGCAGGUGGGUGUCUGGCAGGCUGGGUGCCCCCUAAUCUUUUCCCUGUGCUGCUGGGCAACUGAAUCUCUGCAUGCUUCUCUAUCAGUCCAGCACCAGCACCAAAGGUCGGCAUGUGUGGGCCGCUGCCAAGGGCCCAGACUCAACGGGGUACUGAUUUCAAGAACCCCCUGCUCUUGCAGCCUGCUUUGAUCAUGGUUUCUGACUCUGACCCAGACAACAGCAGAGUGAGGAGCAGGGCCAGAGGUGCUGCGGUUCCCUUGCUCCCCAGCAAGCGAGUUGUACCGGCCAUGGAGAGGGAGAGCAGGCAGGCGGGGGGCAUGGCUGAGAGAAGCCCCCUCCCCAAGGGCCUGUCUUGCCAAAGAGCCCCAGACCUGGAGCUGGGAGUGCACAUAAAAUAAUCCAAGCAGUCGUCGGCUGCUGGAAGACUGCCGAGAUUCCUCCCAUGCAGCGAGAGGCUUAAAACAAUGCUCCAGGUGCAAGGUUUGUCCAAAACCAACAAAAUUUGCCCCAAAACCACACAGGGGGAGAGGUCCUCGAAGGAGAGGCAGCAUUAAGCUAGAGCUAGUUAUAAAGGAAAACUUGGUGCCCCCUGAAAAGGGGGUUGAUUACCACUUCCAUCAUCCCUGAUCGUUGCCCAUGCUGGCUGGGGCUGCUGGGAGCUGUAGCGCAAACAUCCAGAGGGCACCUCUGUGUCAGGGCAUCACAAACUGUUCAGAGGGUUUGGAACGUGUGGCGUCUUUACUCGGAAAUACAAGGUUCUGCUGCCUCUUGAAUAUCCGGGGGAAUAUUCUAGCUGCUGCGGAGGGAUGUUUGCAAUAGCAGGAAAAAUAAUAAAUACCAUUUUGUUUUGGUUCA